CUAUGCACUCCCAGUGCCCAGCUCAGGUCAACACAUGCCCCACGUGCCUCCUCCUCUUCUCAUGGCGGCUGCCGGUGGUAAUCGCCACCUCCCUCUUCCCCUUCUUACUGAUCCUACACUCCGCUUGGCAGCGGUGCGAAGAGACAACUUUUUUUUAGGUGAAGACAGACUGCAAUGGUUGGAUGCUGGCCCACAGAAAAUACAGCCCAUCCCAGGCCCAGGCUAUUAUACCGUAGUCCAGGCCCAACUGUUGCCCAUCGCGGUCGAGUGAACUGGGACACGCAGCCCCCCUCGUCCUCAUCUUCUCCGCCGCCAUGGCCUCCGACCUCGGGCAACCGCCGCCGGCGAAAUGCCCACCGAGGGCACCCACCACCAUUACCGAUAUCGGCGACGACCUCCUUUGCGAGAUCUUCCUCCUCCUUCCCUCCCUCCCGAGCCUCGUUCGCGCCGCCCUCGCCUGCCGCACCUUCCUCCACGCCGUCCGUUCGUCCCGCGCCUUCCGCCGCCGAUUCCGGGCGCUCCACCAUCCGCAGCUCCUUGGCUUCUUCCGUGAAACCGGCCGCGAAGCCAUCCCUCCCUUCGUCCCCGUCCGCAGAAGCUCCGACCCCGACCUCACCGCCGCCGUCAGCGGUUCCGAUUUCUUCCUCUUCCGCCUCCCUGAAGACAGCGAUUCCACCCCCGGCUGGGAGCUGAAGUGCUGCCACGACGGCUACCUCGGCCUCGCCAACAAUGUCACCGAACAGAUCGCUGCCUACAACCCCCUCACGCAGGCACUGCAUCUCUUCCCCCAGCCGCUCAGGGAGAUCCUCAGCAAGGGUCUGUUCCCCCAGCCACAGCGGCCCAAGGAGAUCCGCAUGGAAGUCCUUGAGUUCCAUAUCCUCUUCUCCGAGGAGGACCAGCGGGUGUUCCGAAUGGCUUGUGUCCAAUUUCGGAACAUCUCGAAGGUGCCGGUGUGUGUUGCUGUCUUCUCACCGGCCACUAGGGAGUGGCAGGUUUUGCCAUGGCCGGCUCCACCACAGCCUGUGGAUGACGACGGGGACGACUGGUUCGGCUUUUGCCCUGGUAUGCAGAUGAGUGGAUUCGUUUACUGGAAACACAAGAGUAAAGCCUAUCUACUUGUUCUCGACAACGUGACACAGCAGUUCUCUAGAGUGAAUUUGCCGCAUUUCUUGGGAAAGAUAGACCCUACGCUGUUCAAGCUUGGUCAGACCAAGGGUGGGAAGCUCUGCAUGGUUACGGCAGAUGACUCCGACGCAAAUAUAGGAACGCUUGUUGUUCAUGUUUGGGGAGCUGAUGAUGACGGUGUUGAGAAAUGGAUGCUGGAAGAUACUUUUCCACUCAGUACAUUUAUUGACGCCGACAAGUAUUUAACAGAGGAUGAUACCACGGUGCAGAUUGAGGCCGUUAUCGAUGGCUUUGUGUACCUGUCUAUUAAGUAUGAUGAUUAUGCCGAGUCCCUCAUAUCCUUCUGCCUGGAAACAGCAGAGCUAAACACGCUCUUUGAUGAUACAUAUGCAAGCCCUGCUUAUCCCUACAUUAUGUCAUGGCCUCCUUCUUUGGUAUGCAACAAGGAGGAUUGACAAACCAAGAUUACUGGAUGCAGUGUAGAAGAUGCUGGUUCUUUGGGCACAGAAGAAACUCCCUCUGCUCUUGUCACAGCGCCGCAAUCACACAAAUUUGAUUGACGACGAUGAAGCAAUAGUCAUGGAGGUAGAGGUCUUUUUACUUUGUAUUGAGGAUGAUAACAACUCUGGCAAGCAAAAUCACUACAUAUGAUGCAUAACUGACAACCUUGUGCGAUCUUAUAUUGAGAAUAAGUGUCGACUUUGUUAGCUUUAGGAAAAAGGAAGAAAGAUAGUUGACGGGAAAUGCAUGAGUGGAAGUUGUUGAUAUCUUGUCUAUGACCAAACCUUUGCCGGUUGAGAACUAGCCUGUUUGGAGUGAUCAUGGUGUACUUUUUCUCAUGAGAUGAGCUUUUAUACAAAUGCGUUGGUACUUUAGUUUUUGAUGCUGUGAAAAGGUCAUGUUUUUGUUUCCUGUUUAGCUAGAGGGCAAGCCAUGGAAUUUACGCUAUCUUGCUGUGGAUUGAGUUUCAGGCCCUUUUAUUCUUAUCUUGAGUAGUUGUCUAUCAUGGGUCCACUAUUUAUAUUCUUAUCAAUCCAGUAUUUUUAUCAUUUGACUCAACUCACU